AUGGCUCGUCAUGAGGUGUUCCAGUUGAGCGAGAGGAAAGAUGCAGAACAUGAUGAAGAACGUGAAGGGCUCCUUGGAGGUGUAGAAGAUUCAGAGCUGAACAGCGAGGUGUCCGACGUUGAAGAGCUGGGAACGAAGAGCGAAUCUGAGGGCAGGUCUUCGGAAUCGACUGCUCAACGGGUGAAGAAGCAUUGGUUGAGAAUACUCGUCGUCGCAAUUCUUGCAGCUUGGACAGUUGGGUUCCUAAUACACUCACUUCUGUCUCGCAGCCAUGGUGCCUCAAACGAGGUUGUUGAGGCUCAGUUGCGUCCCGAGGAAGACUAUAUUCUCGACUCCAAUUGGAACUUCGAAGCAGAACCGGUCACUAGAGAGUAUGACUGGACAAUCUCGGAGCAUGAACUAAACCCGGACGGCGUCUACAAACCAAUGACGCUGAUAAACGGCAUGUUCCCUGGCCCACUGAUCGAAUGUAACGAAGGCGAUGAACUUGUAGUUCACGUACAUAACAAAGCCUCGAACGCUACCUCGGUUCACUGGCACGGAAUGUUCCAAAACGGAACGAACUGGAUGGAUGGAACCGUUGGCAUCUCCCAGUGCCCAAUCGCCCCUGGUCAGUCAUUCACGUAUCGGUUCAAUAUCACUGGCCAAACUGGCACGUACUGGUACCAUAGCCAUAUGUCGAUGCAAGCUUCGGAUGGGCUCGUAGGACCUAUUGUCGUUCACGCAAAGGGAGGCGAGGAGCAGAGGCUGCAAAAAGUACCGUACGGGCAAGAUCGAGUGGUCCUUGUGUCUGAUCACUACUACGACUUGGCUUCGAAUCUGCUCAUGGAAUACCUUAAACCCGGGAACGAGAACGAAGAGCCGGUGCCGCAGUCAGCAUUGAUCAACGGACGCGGCGCUCGCAACUGCACAGACUUGCCGAACCGCAACUGUUCUUCGGUAGAUAGGUCGAACACCCUCUUUGACCUGUCGACCGAGCAUAAUACCCGACUGCGCUUCAUCAAUGUAGGAGCGUUCGCCGAGUUCCAAAUCCAGAUCGAUGAACAUGAGUUCUUCCUCACAGAAGUCGAUGGCACCGACGUACACCCACAGUCCAUCCACCGUCUCAAUAUCAACCCGGCGCAACGUUACAGCAUCGUAGUGCCCCCACCCAAGGAUCAGCAGGAUCUAUACUGGAUGAGAGCCCGCAUGAUCACCCACUGUUUCGCCUACGAAGAGCCCGAGCUGAAAGAAGAAGUCCGCGCCAUAAUCAGAUACCAAACACCCAGCCUCGCCGUCUCCCCCCAAAGCAAAGACUGGCCCGAAAUCAUCGAGCUCGAAUGCCGCGACCUCAACGUCAGCGCCCUAAAACCCGUCGACGCUAUCGCCGCGCCCGAAAAAGCCGACGACCAAGUCUACCUGCGGUCAAGUUUUCAGAUCAAAGAUUGGCGCCUAAGCAGAGGCUUUCUCAACGACAGCUCCUACCGCGCGAACAUGUCCCAUCCGACGCUGAACACGCUUGUCGAUGCGUACGAACGGAAGCAGGAGCCGCACAUGUAUUACCUUUCUUAUCCGUUUGGCAUCAACACUGGCUUCGAUGCUAAGCAUACGCUCGUGUACCAGACAACCGGUAUCCGCACCAUUGAUAUCCUCAUCCAGAACUUCGACGACGGAAAUCACCCUUUUCAUCUCCACGGGUACAAGUUCUUUGUGUUGGCUUCCGGCCACGGGUACCCCGCCGAUGAUCUGUACGACACGCUGGACUUCGCGAAUCCGCUGCGUCGCGAUACGGCCAGUGUAGAAGCCUUUGGAUGGACGCUGAUCAGAUUCGUUGCGGACAAUGCGGGGGUGUGGCCGUUUCACUGCCAUCUUGCUUGGCAUAAUGAGGCUGGUCUGUUGAUGCAGUUCGUCACGAGGGCUGAUGAGAUUGCGAAGUGGACGUUGCCGGAGGAUGUGAAGGGCUUGUGUGCGGCGCAAGGGAUUGAGAAGGGUGCGGGGCCGGAAGACGACAUUUGGUUCGGGUCUUUUGACUGA